AUGACACAGGAGGAAGUGGAUUUUUGGAGUUCUUCGAUCAUUUGUUAUGUUGUGGGUGCUAAUCCCCCAAUACAUGUGAUGGAAGGAUUCAUUAGGAGGAUCUGGAAAAAGUAUUAUGUGGAUAAGGUUGUGUUAGUGAAGAAGGGUGUCUUUCUAGUAAGAUUCCUCACAAUGGACAUGACAGACAAGGUGACUUCUGGUCAUUUAUUUUUUGAUAAUAAGCCAAUGGUAGUGAAACCAUGGAAUGUGGAUAUGGACAUGGAGAAGGAGGACCUCAAAUAUGUUCCUAUUUGGAUUCAGUUAAGACUAAACUUCAAAUACUGGGGUGAAAACUCCAUGUUCACAAUUGUGAGUCAACUAGGUACACCAAUCAAAAGAGACUCUGCUACUGUGAGUAGAGAUAAACUGCAGUUUGCUAGGGUUUUGGUUGAUAUGCCUAUUUCUAAGACCUUGCCUUACCAAAUACCCUUCAUGAAUGAACACAAUGAAUUAACUCAGGUUCCUGUCACUUAUGAAUGGAGGCCAACUGUUUGUACUAAUUGCAAGCAAGUUGGGCAUCUGACUACUGACUGUAGGCAUGCUAAAACUAAGAAAAUCUGGGUGCAGAAGAAACAACAUCCACUAAUCCCAACUCCAGCAUUGAUUGUGCCUGAACCAGAUGUAGACCAGGAGGGUUUCCAAAGAACUCUUAGGCCAAUUAGGGUCAGACCUACUAGUUUAGCUCCUGUUUCAGUUGCCAACCAUUUUCAGAGUUUGGAUGAUGAUGAUCACAGUGCCUGUAGUACUGCAGCAUUGGAUAGAGUUGGACUCCUAGAGCAUAAGGUUAAGCUGACCAAUUUAGGGAAGCUUUACCAAAGGAUUUUCUCAAACUGGUGCUUUACCAGUAAUGCCAGCUAUCAUAAAGGAGGAAGAAUAAUUGUUGCCUGGAAUCCUGGAAGUUUUUCUUUGAACAUUCAGGCUGUUAGCAGUCAACUCAUUCAUUGUUUUGUUCAACCAGUGAGUGGUAAUUCUGGUUUUUUCUGCACUUUCAUUUAUACAUUUAAUGAUAGUCAUAGCAUAGUAAAAUUUUGGAAGGAUUUGAAGACACUGAAUACACAGGAUCCUUGGAUCUUGUGUGGAGAUUUUAAUUGUGUUAUGAACAUGGAAGAAAGGCAUUGUGCAAUGGAGGACAUUAAAAGUGUAGGCAACUUUUCCACUUGGAAUAAUAAGCAGCAGGGUACAGCUAGGGUAUUUUCUAAGCUUGAUAGGGUGAUGGAAAAUCCUAAAUGGCAAAGUAACUAUGAUUCUGCUGAGGUGUGUUUUAUGACUGAGGGAUGCUUUGAUCACUCCCCUGGUUUGUUGACAGUCUAUCCCAGGAACACAGGAGGGAAAAAGCCCUUCAAAUACUUUACUAUGUGGAAGUCUGCUCCUCAAUUUAGGACCAUUAUUCAAGAACAAUGGGCUAGUCAAGUGCAAGGUAGUAAGAUGUAUUGUGUGGUCCAUAAGCUGAAAAAGGUGAAGUUAGCUCUUAAAGAUCUGAACAAGAGUGGUUUCAAUGAUAUUCAAGCUGCUGAUCUUCAGGCUUACAAUGCCAUGAUAGAAGCACAGAAUGCUAUGCAUCAACAUACAGAUGAUCUAAAUUUGGCUGAUGCAGAGUUACAGGUUAUCCAGGAAUACAAGAUUAAACAUCAAGCUUAUUUAGACUUUCUGAGACAAAAGUCUAAAGCUGCUUGGAUCAAAGAUGGUGAUGAAAACACCUCUCUUUUUCACCAAAGUAUCAAGGCUAGGAAUAGUCAGAAUCAAGUUUACAGUAUUUUUUGA